AUGCCCCCAUCGAUACCACCGCGAUUCUCGGGCGUCAGCAAAGCACAAGACUCACAGGGACAUCAUAAUGUCAUUGGUGUUGUAGUCGACUGUCUGCCGAAGGCCAAGUCCGGUGGUACCUCUUAUUCUGUCACAUUCACAAUCAAAGAUUCCGAUUAUGGUCCCGGAAAUCAUACUUGGGAGGGUCUGAAGAUCAAAUAUUUCAAUGACGAUGAACAUCGACUGCCAGAUGUGAAAGUCAAUGAUGUGAUUCUCCUUCGCCAGCUUAGAGUCCGGCCUCAUCAUGGGUCUUUAUUUGGUGUUGUUUCCAACAAGGACCAUGUUUCGUGGGCUGUUUUUCGUCAGCCCGAGAGUUCCGAGUCCUUGACCAUGCCAGCCUAUAGUCCCGGGGCUAGGGCGCUUAGUCGCGAAGAAGAUGCAUAUGCAAAGUCUCUAUUGAACAGUGCUGUUCAUACCGAAUCUCAGGUUCCACCAAGUCAAACCAAAGGUCAAGCAGUGGGGCUAAGCGCUGAAGUGAAGCCACAAUCAACAAAGAACCGAGACAGAUUUUCAUUGAUCAAGGCUGUCGCUCCUAAAAAGUUCGCCGAUCUCAUUGUUCAUGUGGUCAAGACUUGGUACGAUGACAACACGGUCAACCUGUAUGUCACCGAUUACACCGUGAACAAGGCUCUUUUCAAUUAUGACGACGAUAAGUCAGACAACGAGGAUGAGGAUGAGGGCGAGGGCCGCACUGGCGAUCGCUUCGGCUAUUUGGGAACUUCCACCCGGGUGAAUCGAAUAUGGCGUGGACCUCAUGGACGGAUGACAUUACAAGUCACACUAUGGCAACCGCACUCGGCGUAUGCCAAAGAUAACGUGCAAGAGGACUCCUAUGUCGCCUUGAAUAAUGUGCAUAUUAAAUCAGAGACACAAACCGGCCGGACAGAGGGUGUUAUACACACCGACCGAAUGUAUCCAGACAAAGUCGGGAUUCGCCUUUUGGACGACGAAGAUGACGACCCGCGAUUUCUUGAGCUCAAGCAAAGAAAGCGGGAGUAUUGGAGACAGAAUAAACUCAAAAGAGGUCAGAUCGCCGAGGAACUGGGAGAAGAAGGUGGUCCGAAGAAAAUCACAAAGAAGAGGCGGAAGGAACUGCUGCGUCAAAAGAAACAGCAGCAACAGAAGCAGCAGGCUGCCCAGAAGCGAGAAGAAGGACAACCUGAAAUUGCUGCGAUUCUUCGCGCAGACAAAGCCAAUCCUCACAUACAAGCAAAGAAUCCGGCCAAAGUCUGUCGCACUCUUUUGGAUAUCCUAGCCAACAGCUCCCAUGUGGCCUCCUUACCCGGAGGCAUUGAAUAUCGGCUUCCCUUUCAGAAUGUCAACUAUCGCACGACUGUCCGAGUAGUCGAUUUUUUCCCGCCCGAUAUCUCCGAUUUUGCCGUUUCUUACAAUCCCGACUACGAAACUUCUGAAGAUGACGAAGACGAUGUUUCAUCGACACGCCGAGUCAGAUGGGAAUGGCGUUUCUGUCUUCUUGUCGAAGACGCAAAAAUCGCACCGGGCCAAUCUCGAAACCGCGUAAAGCUGUUUGUCAGUGGAGCCGAAGCCGUGUUCUUGCUCAAACUGGAUGCCGUAGAGUAUGACUGGCCUUAA